UCGCCUGUCCCGCGGCCGCGCUCAGACAACAAAAGCGGAAGAUGCUGCACUUGGGCAAGGUCAGGACCUUGCCCUGAAGCCGGGCGGCGGCGCGCACGCCUUUUCCCGGACUGAGGAGCUGUCGCUGGUGGCGGGUGCAUGUUCUCCAGGAAGCAGUCGGGCGCCGCGCCGUUCGGAGCUAUGCCUGUCCCAGACCAGCCUUCGUCAACCUCAGAGAAGACCAGCUCCCUGAGCCCUGGCCUGACCACCUCCAAUGGGGAUGGCUCAGAAACGGAAACCACCUCCGCCAUCCUCGCCUCGGUCAAAGAACAGGAAUUACAGUUUGAGAGACUGACCCGAGAGCUGGAGGCAGAACGCCAAAUCGUAGCCAGCCAACUGGAGCGAUGCAAGCUUGGAUCAGAGACGGGCAGCGUGAGCAGUAUCAGUUCAGCAGAAGAGCAGUUUCACUGGCAAUCACAAGAUGGUCAAAAAGACAUCGAAGAUGAACUUACAACAGGUCUUGAGCUGGUGGACUCCUGUAUUAGAUCCUUGCAGGAAUCAGGAAUACUUGACCCACAGGAUUAUUCCACAAGUGAAAGGCCCAGCCUGCUCUCCCAGAGUGCACUUCAGCUCAAUUCCAAACCUGAAGGGUCCUUCCAGUAUCCGGCCAGCUACCAUAGCAACCAGACCCUGGCCCUGGGUGACACGGCCCCUUCGCAGCUCCCUGCCCGAGGCGCGCAAGCCCGAGGUGCGGCCCACGGCUUCAGCCAGGGCACCACGAGCCGCGCGGCGCACCUGGCGGGGCCCGAGCCCGCGCCGCCGCCGCCGCCGCCGCCGCGGGAGCCGUUCGCGCCCAGCCUGAGCAGCGCCUUCCACCUGCCCGACGCGCCGCCCGCCGCCGCCGCCGCCGCCGCCGCGCUCUACUACUCGAGCUCCACGCUGCCCGCGCCGCCGCGCGGGGGCUCCCCGCUGGCCGCGCCGCAGGGCGGCUCGCCCACCAAGCUGCAGCGCGGCGGCUCGGCCCCCGAGGGCGCCGCCUACGCCGCGCCGCGCGGCUCCUCGCCCAAGCAGUCGCCCAGCCGCCUGGCCAAGUCCUACAGCACCAGCUCGCCCAUCAACAUCGUCGUGUCCUCGGCCGGCCUGUCCCCGAUCCGCGUGACCUCGCCCCCCACCGUGCAGUCCACCAUCUCCUCCUCGCCCAUCCACCAGCUGAGCUCCACCAUCGGCACGUACGCCACCCUGUCGCCCACCAAGCGCCUGGUCCACGCGUCCGAGCAGUACAGCAAGCACUCGCAGGAGCUGUAUGCCACGGCCACCCUCCAGAGGCCGGGCAGCCUGGCAGCUGGGUCCCGGGCCUCGUACAGCAGCCAGCACGGCCACCUGGGCCCGGAACUGCGGGCCCUGCAGUCCCCAGAGCACCACAUAGACCCCAUCUAUGAGGACCGUGUCUAUCAGAAGCCCCCUAUGAGGAGUCUCAGCCAGAGCCAGGGGGACCCUCUGCCAUCAGCACACACGGGCACGUACCGCACGAGCACAGCCCCAUCUUCCCCCGGUGUCGACUCCGUCCCCUUGCAGCGCACAGGCAGCCAGCAUGGCCCGCAGAACGCCGCCGCGGCCACCUUCCAGAGGGCCAGCUACGCCGCGGGCCCAGCCUCCAAUUACGCAGACCCCUACCGACAGCUGCAGUACUGUCCCUCUGUGGAGUCUCCGUACAGCAAAUCCGGCCCCGCCCUCCCGCCCGAAGGCACCUUGGCCAGGUCCCCGUCCAUCGAUAGCAUUCAGAAAGAUCCCAGAGAAUUUGGAUGGAGAGACCCAGAGCUACCGGAAGUGAUCCAGAUGUUACAACACCAGUUUCCUUCAGUCCAGUCUAAUGCUGCAGCCUACUUACAGCACCUCUGUUUCGGAGACAAUAAAAUUAAAGCCGAGAUAAGGAGACAAGGAGGCAUCCAGCUCCUGGUGGACCUGCUGGAUCACCGGAUGACGGAGGUCCACCGUAGUGCCUGUGGGGCCUUGAGAAACUUGGUGUAUGGGAAGGCCAAUGACGAUAACAAAAUCGCCCUGAAAAACUGCGGCGGCAUCCCAGCACUGGUGAGGUUACUCCGCAAGACCACCGACCUGGAGAUCCGGGAGCUGGUCACAGGAGUCCUUUGGAACCUCUCGUCUUGUGACGCCCUCAAGAUGCCAAUCAUCCAGGACACCCUGGCAGUGUUGACCAAUGCCGUGAUUAUCCCCCAUUCGGGCUGGGAAAAUUCACCACUCCAGGAUGAUCGGAAAAUACAGCUGCAUUCCUCACAGGUGCUGCGAAAUGCGACCGGAUGCCUAAGGAAUGUUAGUUCAGCCGGAGAGGAGGCCCGCAGGAGGAUGCGGGAAUGCGACGGGCUCACAGAUGCGCUGCUCUACGUGAUCCAGUCUGCACUGGGGAGCAGUGAGAUCGACAGCAAGACCGUUGAAAACUGUGUGUGCAUCUUAAGGAACCUGUCAUACCGGCUAGCAGCAGAAACGUCUCAGGGACAGCACAUGGGCACAGAUGAGCUGGACGGGCUUCUCUGUGGUGAGGCCAACGGCAAAGAUGCAGAGAGUUCCGGGUGCUGGGGCAAGAAGAAGAAGAAAAAGAAAUCCCAGGAUCAGUGGGAUGGAGUAGGACCUCUUCCAGACUGUGCAGAACCACCAAAAGGGAUCCAGAUGCUGUGGCACCCAUCAAUAGUCAAACCCUACCUCACACUGCUCUCUGAGUGCUCAAACGCAGACACGCUGGAAGGGGCGGCAGGUGCCCUGCAGAACUUGGCUGCAGGGAGCUGGAAGGGCUGGGCUGAGGAUGUGGCAGGCAUGGCGUAUGCCCUACGUUCACUGCCAGAGGGGGCUCCCUGCCUGCCACAGUGGUCAGUAUAUAUCCGAGCUGCUGUCCGAAAAGAGAAAGGCCUGCCUAUCCUCGUGGAGCUGCUCCGAAUAGAUAACGACCGUGUGGUGUGCGCAGUGGCCACGGCACUCCGGAACAUGGCCUUGGACGUCAGAAACAAGGAGCUCAUUGGCAAAUAUGCCAUGCGAGACCUCGUCCACAGGCUUCCAGGGGGGAACAACAGCAACAACACAGCGAGCAAGGCCAUGUCAGAUGACACGGUGACAGCCGUCUGCUGCACCCUGCACGAAGUGAUCACCAAGAACAUGGAGAACGCCAAGGCCUUACGGGAUGCGGGCGGCAUCGAGAAGUUGGUUGGCAUCUCCAAAAGCAAAGGAGAUAAACACUCUCCAAAAGUGGUCAGGCCGCAUCUCAGGUCUAACAGCAUGUGGCAGUACCGAGAUCUGAGGAGUCUCUACAAAAAGGACGGAUGGUCACAGUAUCACUUUGUAGCCUCAUCCUCAACCAUCGAGAGGGAUCGGCAAAGGCCCUACUCUUCCUCCCGCACGCCUUCCAUCUCCCCUGUGCGUGUGUCUCCCAACAACCGCUCAGCAAGUGCCCCAGCUUCACCUCGGGAAAUGAUCAGCCUCAAGGAAAGGAAAACAGACUACGAAUCCACUGGGAGCAAUGCCACCUACCACGGGACUAAAGGAGAACACACUUCCAGGAAAGACACCAUGACAGCUCAAAACACUGGAAUUUCAACUUUGUAUAGGAAUUCAUAUGGUGCGCCCACCGAAGACAUCAAACAUAACCAGGUUCCAGCACAGCCAGUCCCACAGGAGCCCAGCAGGAAAGACUACGAGACCUACCAGCCGUUUCAGAAUUCCACGAGAAACUACGACGAGUCCUUCUUCGAGGACCAGGUCCACCAUCGCCCUCCCGCCAGUGAGUACACCAUGCACCUGGGACUCAAGUCCACCGGCAACUAUGUCGACUUCUACUCAGCUGCCCGUCCCUACAGUGAACUGAACUAUGAAACUAGCCACUACCCGGCCUCCCCCGACUCCUGGGUGUGAGGAGAGGGCGGCACGAGGCGCUCCGGGAACAGUGCAUGUGCAUGCAUACCACAAGACAUUGCUUUUUUUUUUCCCCCUGCAAAUUUAGUUUGUUCAAGCCUGUUCCAUAGGAAGGCUGUGAUAACCAGUAAGGAAAUAUUAAGAGCUAUUUUAGAAAGCUAAAUGAAUCGAAAGUUAACUUGGAAGUCAAUAGGAAGCUAAAACGAUCCUAAAUAUGACAUCGUGCAACACCUUUCUAGUUUGAGCUGUAGAGUAUAAAAAGUGCUUUAUAUUGAACGUGGCUGAAGGCAGCAGAGGAGACGGUCGGGGUGGUGGGGCGUGAAGGUUGCAGUUAAGCACAAGGGACAGUGUAGUUCACACACUUUAGAGGGACGGCUUCUCACGCUUUGUUUACUCUCUUCAUCCGUUGUGAUUCUAGGCUUCAAGUUGCAUUGGGGUUCCUCUGUACAGCAAGAUGUUUCUUGCCUUUUGUUAAUGCAUUGUUGUAAAGUAUUUGAUGUACAUUACAGAUUAAAGAAGAGAAGCGCAUUGUGUAUAUUACACCA